AUGUCUGACGAGGAGCAUCACUUCGAAUCCAAGGCGGACGCCGGCGCAUCCAAGACCUACCCUCAGCAAGCCGGCACCAUCCGCAAAUACGGCCACAUAGUCAUCAAGGGCAGGCCCUGCAAGGUUGUUGAAGUCUCUACUUCAAAAACCGGGAAGCAUGGGCAUGCCAAGUGCCACUUUGUGGCUAUAGACAUAUUCAAUGGCAAGAAGCUUGAAGAUAUUGUUCCAUCAUCCCACAACUGUGAUGUGCCUCAUGUGAACCGUACUGAUUAUCAGCUUAUUGACAUCUCUGAAGAUGGUUUUGUCUCUCUUCUGACUGAAAAUGGUAACACCAAAGAUGAUCUGAGGCUUCCUACCGAUGAGAAUCUGCUUUCUCAGAUUAAAAGUGGGUUUGAGGAAGGAAAGGACCUUGUGGUGUCUGUUAUGUCAGCAAUGGGAGAAGAGCAGAUCUGUGCCCUCAAAGACAUUGCUAUGGACGGAGAUAUUUCUCAACGAAAUACGACGCCGGCGGACGCCGGCGACGGCGAUAAUAACGAGGUUCCGGCGGAGCUCUCUCAGGCACCGCGGCGGUUGAUCGGAAAAGUGGAGAUGGUCUCAAAAUGUGAUAGAGCUCAGGACAAAGAAUUGCAAUCAAUGGAAAACGAUACCGGAAUUUGCCCUAAAGAGCCGGAUAAGAUCUCCGAAGACCCGAUACCAAUACCCUUCGUCUCUAAGAAGAAGACUACUGAUGAGUACAACUGGCGGAAGUACGGCCAGAAGCACGUAAAGAACCCGGAAGGUUCUAGAAGCUACUACAGAUGCACGUUCUCCAACUGCAGUGCAAAAAAGAUUGAGUGCUUUGAUCGUUGUAAUUGUGUUACAGAUGUAGUUUACAGAAGUCACCACAAUCACGAUCCUCUCAAGAAGGUAAACUGUGGCACAGAGUUUAGGCCUGAAAUUAAUCAGAUAACUGAAACAAAACAGCACGACUCGCCUGAUUCUAAAAUUAAGGAGGAAACUGAUUGUCCUAAAGAGGAGAGAAGGCAAAAAAGAAAUUUGGAAAGUGAAGUGAGUUCUCUUUCUGAAAAUGGAAAGAGACGAAAGUUCGUUGUUUGUGAGGCGAUUGAUGAUGUCAGCACUCCCGGUGAUGGAUACAGAUGGCGAAAGUAUGGCCAGAAAACGGUGAAAGGCACUCCUCAUCCUAGAAACUACUACAAAUGCACGUCGGCUGGAUGUACUGUACGAAAGCACGUAGAGAAGGCUACAGAUAACACGAGUUCUGUAAUAAUAACGUACAAGGGAGUACACAACCACGAAUUACCCGUGCCCAAAAAGCGUCAUGGCCCAAAGAGUCCACUUUCUUCAUCUGCUGCCACUUCUCCUCUUUCUAAUGAUCGUUUACGAAUUACCAAAGGUGAAUAUGAUCCAAACCGAACCGAACAACAAUCAGCUGGUGAAAAACUCAAAUCGAGUGGUGGAGAAGAGAGCACGAGAACCAAAGAGAACACUUCUGAGAGCUGAGUUUGAAAUCGAGCACUUGUGUGUGCAAAGAGUUAUCAGGGUAGUAACAAGUAGAAGAGAUUGGGCAAAUGGGGCUUUUGUGUUGGAUAAUUAUUGGAAAAUAUUUUAUUCCCGACUUACCUUGCAUAACUUAUUUGGGUUUUUGGAUUAGUUUUAAGUUCUCAGUAUCUGAGGUUGUUAUCUCUCGACAAAUUUAAUGAUAGUCGCAGAGAUUAAGGUUUGGAGUGCUUUCUGUACAUGAAAAUGAGAAGUGAGCUUUUUACUACAUUUGUUCGAAUAAUUACGAGUUGAUCUUGAUGUAUGAUUUGUUGUCUCGGG